CUCAAAAAAAAGUUCACGGCGCAUGCGUCUCCGCCGCCGCAGUGCGAUAGCGACGACGCGCCACGGACAUCCUACACAAUGAAGACGGAUUUUCAGUUCUCCAAUCUGCUGGGCACCGUCUACAGCAGAGGCAACCUGGUAUUCACCCCAGAUGGCACGUGCCUGCUCUCGCCUGUGGGCAACCGUGUGAGCGUCUUCGAUCUAGUCAACUCGACAUCCUACACCCUUCCCUUCGCACAUCGCAAAAACAUCGCUCGACUCGCCCUCAACCCGAAGGGCAAUAUCCUCCUCACAGUAGAUCUCGACGGCCAUGCGAUCCUUACCAACGUACCUCGCCGAAUCGUCCUCUACCAUUUUUCUCUCCGUGGCGAAGCCACUGCGCUCGUCUUUGCUCCCGAUGGGAGACACUUCGCAGUUGGAAUAGGAAGAAAUAUCGAAAUAUGGAGGACGCCGUCAACGCCGGACGUUGCAGAUGGCGACCUCGAGUUCGCGCCCUUCGUGCGAGACCGCAUAUUCACAGGGCACCACGACACCGUGACGACGAUUGAAUGGUCCAGAGACUCGCGCUUUCUGCUGAGCGCAUCCAGAGACAUAACCACCCGGAUAUGGAGCAUCGAAGCGGAAGACGGGUUCAGACCCACUACGCUCUCGGCGCAUAAGCAGGCUGUCGUGGGCGCUUGGUUCAGUGCAGAUCAAGAAACAAUCUACACAGUCAGCAAAGAUGGCGCGCUUUUCGUGUGGAAGUACAUGCUGCGCUAUGACGCACCAGAAGGUGCGGAUGAAGAGGAUGACAAGUAUUUGGCGUGGGGUAUCGCCGAGCGUUUCUACUUCCACCAGAACAAUGCCCAUGUCACUUGCGCGAGCUUCCACCCGGAAACAAAAUUGCUGGUAACUGGCUUUUCGCAUGGGCUCUUCUUCAUUCACGAGCUCCCAACGUUCAGCGAGAUACAAAACCUAAGCAUUUCACAGAAUGACAUUGAUUAUGUCGCAAUAAACAAGACAGGAGAGUGGCUCGCCUUUGGCGCCUCAAAACUGGGGCAGCUGCUGGUCUGGGAGUGGCAGUCUGAGUCGUAUAUCUUGAAACAACAAGCUCACCAUGACGUGAUGAACACCAUCGCCUACUCACCGGAGGGCCAGCGCAUCAUCACUGCUGCUGAUGACGGCAAGAUCAAAGUCUGGGACGUCAACUCAGGAUUCUGCGUGGUUACCUUCACAGAGCACAUUGGUGCGGUCACAGGAUGCGAAUUCGCAAAGAGGGGAAACGUAUUAUUCACCGCAAGUCUGGACGGAUCUGUUAGAGCUUGGGAUCUUAUAAGAUAUCGCAACUUCCGAACAUUCACGGCGCCUUCCAAAAUCCAGUUCACGUCGUUAGCGGUCGAUCCUAGUGGCGAAGUCGUAUGCGCAGGGUCCCUUGAUUCGUUCGAUAUUCAUAUUUGGUCUGUCCAGACUGGACAGCUGUUGGAUCGAUUGGCCGGUCACGAAGGCCCUGUCAUGUCCCUAGCAUUCUCACCAGACGGGAGCACACUGGUGAGCGGCAGCUGGGACCGGACAGUGCGCUUGUGGAACAUUUUCGCUCGAUCACAAACGAGCGAGCCCUUGCAGCUUAUGGCCGACGUCACGUCCGUCGCUGUACGGCCGGAUAACAAACAAAUUGCUGUCACUACAUUGGAUGGUCAACUGACCUUUUGGUUAGUAUCGGAAGCUUCGCAACAAUCAGGUGUGGAUGCGCGACGCGACGUCUCUGGUGGUCGCAAGAUGACAGAUCGACGAACUGCUGCAAAUGUUGCUGGAACGAAAGCUUUCGACACGGUAAGAUACAGUGCCGACGGAACAUGUGUGCUUGCCGGCGGCAAGAGCAAGUACAUCUGCCUAUACGAUGUCCAAUCUGGUGUUCUUAUAAAAAAGUUCACUGUCUCUGUCAACUUGUCGCUCGACGGAACGCAGGAGUUCUUAAACAGCAAAUUGCUCACUGAAGCUGGUCCCCAGGGCCUGUUGGAUGAGCAGGGUGAAGAGUCAGAUCUCGAGAAUCGACGAGAUUCCACCCUUCCUGGUGCACAACGUGGCGCAGGCGCCAGGAGAACACGAGCAGCAGUACGUGUGCCAGCUGUAGCAUUCUCGCCAACCGGUAGAGCGUUCUGCGCCGCCUCGACCGAAGGUCUCCUCAUCUACUCGUUGGACACGACAUUCCAAUUCGAUCCCUUUGACCUCGAUAUCACCGUCACGCCCGGAACGACUCUCUCAACUCUUACGCAAAAGGAAUACUUAAAAGCGCUCGUUAUGGCGUUCCGGCUCAACGAGCGCAAUCUCAUCCGCCGCGUGUUUGAGGCGACACCGACUACAGACAUAGCGCUUGUAGUCAAGGACCUGCCAAAGGUGUAUCUUGGACGUCUAGUUCGCUUCGUCGCGCUCCAAGCCGACGAAUCGCCACACCUCGAAUUCAAUCUAAUGUGGAUCGAGGCUCUAUUGAGCAAGCACGGUCGAUGGAUGAAGGAGAACCGAGCGGGUAUGGAGGCAGAACUGCGAAGUGUUGAGAAGGCGGUACGCCGGAUACAAACAGAGUUGGCUCGGUUGGCUGAUGAGAACAUCUAUCGCAUUGAGUACUUGCUUGCGCAACCUAUUGAAAAGAAGGAACAAACCUUACAAUUGGACUUCAGUGUCAAAGAGGUAGAAGAUGGCAUAGACGAAGUCAUGGAUGACGGCUCGGAUGACGAAGGCGACUGGAUGGGCUUCGACUGAGAUACCAGAUACCAAGAUACCCUACACAAAUGCAACGCUCACCACGAGCAAACACCG